AUGUCCAUUCCCUCGACCCACCAGGCCUUUGUCGAGGCCGACGGCGUCAAGGUCUUCUACCGCUUUGCCAACCCGGCGGGCGUGGCCGCGGACGACGUGGCGGCCGGCCAGGAUGCGCCGACCAUCGUGCUGCUCCACGGCUUUCCCUCGUCGUCCUUUAUGUUCCGCCACCUGAUCCCGCUGCUGGCCCAGCGCGGCUACCGCGUCGUCGCCCCCGACCUGCCGUCCUUUGGCUUCACCGAGGUGCCGGCCGCGCGCAACUACGAGUACACGUUUGCGAGCCUGGCCACCACGUUUGGCGCGUUUGUCGAGGCGCUGCAGCUGGCGGCCGACAAUCGCCAGUUUGCCGCCUACAUCUUUGACUACGGCGCGCCGACGCUGUUCCGCUUCGCGCUGAACGAGAAGGCCGCGGGCAGGAAAAAGGCCAUUGGCGCCGUCAUCACGCAGAACGGCAACGCCUACACCGAAGGGUUGGGCGGCGACUUCUGGGCGCCCAUCAAGGCCUACUGGCAGUCGGGCCCGACCAAGGACGCGGACCCUGCGACGCGCGCCGCCCUCGGCGAGGCUGCGCUCGCGCUGCCCUUUACGCGCUUCCAGUACGUCGAGGGCGCGCCCAACGGCGGCCGCGACGUGCCGCCCGAGACGUACCACCUCGACCAGGCGCUGCUGGAGCGGCCGGGCAUCAAGGACCACCAGCUGGACCUGUUCUACGACUACCAGACCAACGUGGCCUUGUAUCCGAAGAUCCAGGAAUUGCUGCGGGUGGCGGACACGCCCGUGCUGGCGCUCUGGGGCCAGAACGACCCGUGCUUCAUUGCGCCAGGUGCCGAGGCGUUUCGCCGCGACGUGAAGCGGUUCGAGCUGCAGUGGCUCAAGACGGGCCACUUUGCCCUUGAGACGAAUGAGCCGGUCGCCGCCGAGGCAAUUGACAACUUCUUGAAGAAGUACAAGGUCUUUUGA